AAUUGUCCAUCCAACGGACGAUAAUUCUCAUAACAUGCUAAUCCCAGCCAUUGAAUUUCAUUCGAAAAAUGAUAUAAAAACCCCUAGCUAAACAUUUUCACUUCUGCUAUCAUCUUACAGCACGGCCACUGCGUUUCCAUAAUUUCUGUGUCUCGUUGAGUCUUGCAGUGCUAUCACUGAGUUUGAAGGAUGUCUCAUCGCAAGUUUGAGCACCCCCGACAUGGCUCUUUGGGAUUUCUCCCAAGAAAGAGAGCCUCGCGUCACAGAGGAAAAGUGAAGGCUUUUCCCAAAGAUGAUCCAACAAAACCAUGCAGAUUGACUGCUUUUAUGGGUUACAAAGCUGGGAUGACCCAUAUUGUGAGAGAAGUUGAGAAGCCAGGGUCAAAGCUCCACAAGAAAGAAACAUGUGAAGCUGUUACCAUUGUUGAGACACCACCUAUGAUGGUUGUUGGGGUUGUGGGUUAUGUGAAAACACCCCGUGGUCUCCGAUCAUUGAACACUGUCUGGGCCCAGCAUUUGAGUGAGGAUGUGAAGAGGAGGUUUUAUAAGAACUGGUGCAAGUCCAAAAAGAAGGCAUUCACCAAGUACUCUAAGAGGUAUGAAUCUGAAGAUGGAAAGAAAGAUAUUCAAGCACAAUUGGAGAAAAUGAAGAAGUACUGUUCUGUCAUUCGUGUCUUGGCACACACACAGAUUAGGAAGAUGAAAGGACUGAAGCAGAAGAAAGCACAUCUGAUGGAGAUUCAGGUGAAUGGUGGGGAUGUAUCUAAGAAGGUGGACUUUGCCUACAGUUUCUUUGAGAAGCAGAUUCCAAUUGAUGCUGUUUUCCAAAAGGAUGAGAUGAUUGACGUGAUUGGUGUGACCAAGGGAAAGGGUUAUGAAGGUGUGGUUACACGUUGGGGUGUCACCCGGCUCCCUCGUAAGACCCAUCGUGGUCUUAGGAAGGUGGCCUGUAUUGGCGCAUGGCAUCCUGCUAGGGUGUCAUUUACCGUUGCUAGGGCUGGACAAAAUGGUUAUCAUCACCGUACUGAGAUGAACAAAAAAAUCUACAAGCUUGGGAAGUCUGGUCGGGAGUCUCAUUCUGCAAUGACUGAAUAUGACAGGACUGAGAAGGAUAUCACACCAAUUGGAGCAUUCCCCCACUAUGGUGUUGUGAAGGAAGAUUAUUUGAUGAUAAAGGGAUGCUGCCUGGGUCCAAAGAAGCGAGUUGUGACCUUGAGACAAUCGUUGUUGACUCAGACAUCUAGGGUUGCUUUGGAGGAGAUCAAGAUCAAGUUUAUUGAUACAUCCUCCAAGUUUGGGCAUGGCAGAUUCCAGACGACACAAGAGAAGGCCAAGUUCUUCGGUCGCUUGAAGGCAUGAUUUUGAAUCAUAAAAGAAAUGAACUUCAUUACUUGUUGAGUUUCAAUUUUUAAUACUAUCAUCUCAUGCAAGUGUUCUUAUUUUUGUUGGUUUCUGGAAUUUUUUUGCUUCAGUUAUUGUUGAACAUGUGAAAUUUUUGGUAUUUAUCAUGAAAUUAUUUUACUGUAAUCAAUGUGCAUGUUAUUGUGAAAUUGACAGUAACCAUACAUUUGCAGAUAUUUAGGCAAAUGGAUUAUAAUCAAUUUGUGAAA